UUGGAACAUUUAAGCACAAUAUAACUCACAUUCGACAACGAUUCGACUGGGAUUGUGGAAUCGCCUGUAUCCUUAUGAUUUUAUCAGAGACACACAGAAAAGAAUUUUAUGAUGAUUUCUCCAGAAUUUGCUUAGAAGAGGGAUUCGGACAAUCAACGUGGACUAUUGACCUCUGUUAUUUGCUGAAACGUUUCCAUAUUAAACAUCGCAUGUAUACGUCCAGCCAGGCGGCGAACAACAGAUGUCACAGUAAAGAGAUAGUAGAUCGAGUUCGGAAUCGAUUCACAAAUGCCCCAUACAAUGGCAUAAAAGUAAUGGAUGGCGUGUUAUCCACGAAGCAGCUAACUGCACACGUGGUCACAGCUGGCCCGGCUAUAGCGUUGGUUGACGCUGCACUGCUAUCCUGCGAUUGGUGUAAGCAUAACAGUCUGCAGUCUGAGUUUAGGCGCAUAUUCGGAGGCAUCUACCAAGGCCAUUACAUAGUAGUGGUAGGCUGGUCUGCGGGGAAGCUGUUGUAUCACAACCCUGCGCGGAAGCACCAGCUCUGCGCUACUACACUGAAGAGGCUUCAUGCUGCAAGAUCGGCGCCUGGCACCGACUACGACGUUAUACUAAUUUAUUGUCCCUAAAUAAUACUAGUAUUUAUUUAACUAAACAAUAUUAUUCAAUGAACUACACGGAAUUAUCGUGUAGUACAUUGAUUAUGGGUCCGAAAUAUAUCUAUCUAUCUAUAUUGUUUGUUUGUUACGGUUUAACUCAAAUUCAAAUUUAAAAUUCAUUUAUUUCAAGUAGGCUCAGUUUACAAGCACUUUUGACACUCAAAAACUGAAACUGUAAUUUUUUCACAUUAAGGAAGCUACAUUUUCUCCAAGUGACACAGGUUGUAUUUUAUUCCCGUAUUAGCGGGAAGGAAUUUCCCGAGGACGGGAACUACACACACAUUUCUUAAUAUUUUUAUUAUUUUUUAUUUCAUAAAAUAAAUUAAUUAAACAAAUAAAGAAACCCGACUGCAUAAAGUAUAAAAAACUGAAAAGAAAAAAAACAAGCUCAGUCCAGAAGUGUAGAAACCAAAUAGAAAACAGUCGGUACCUAUUAAAAUAAUGUAGAAGAAAAUCAUUCUAUCCAAUAUCUAAAGUCCCGACUAAAAUAAAUAAUAAUCCGACAGAAUGUAGAAUUAUUAUUUAUUUUAUUUAGGUAUAUCUAAAUAAAAUAAAUAAUAAUUCUACAUUCUGUCGACUUGUCAAUCCUAAGUACGGUUUUUCAAGCAAAAAAUUGCUUUCGUAAUUUUAUCUUUGAAAUUAGGUAAACGAGAAACAAAAAUGAAUUUUUAUUACACUGUAAACUAUUUUUAUAUUCUACUCAUCUAUAAUAAAUAUUUACUGGCAACUUUAUCUGGGCUUGCUCUAUGUUCGGGGAUUCCCGAUUUGUGACGCAAAAUCUAAUCCUAUGCAAUCGAGUCGUGUAAAAUACAACGAAUCUAUGUCUCAGUGAAUAGAGUUGCUUUUUCUAUACAAUAAAGUAAAAGGUCAUUUAGGGAUGGGUAGCUACUCCCACCAAAUCUAUUCAAUGAAGUACUACCAAUUGUUAAACAAUUUUCAGUCGUAUUACAUGUGAGUUAAGUCACAUUAUCGUAAAGUUUUGUUAAGGCUACUAUUAGAUCUUCUCGAACAGUUAAGUUAGGGUUCCCAAUCGUCCUUUUGUCCCAGGAUAUGUCCUACUUUUGCAGUGUCCUAGGCUGUCGGACAAUUUUAGCAGCGUAGUUGGUUUUAAAGCGCCCUAAUAACGUCGUGUAUUUUAAUAUCGUAUACAUAUAUAGUUUAAAGAAUAAUAGGCAGAUAGAGCGUACAUAACACGGCAGGGAAGCAGCCAUUCAAAAUACAAAUUCUAAAACGAAUACAUUCUCGAGUCGACCCGAAGCGUCGCAUCAAUAAUUUUCGAUAUUAUUCAAGAAAA